AUGGGGAUCUCUUUGCGGAAUCGAAGUAUGUUUCAUUUAUUUCUAGAAAAUCAGUUAAUCGCACUAUUGAAGAAUAAGUCUUUGUUUCCAGAUAUUUCUCGCAAGCAAAUAUUGUUCUUGAUCGCGUUUUUGAUUCACGGAUCUUCAGCGCAAGGUUUUUUUUGUUCUCACUGUUGUUUUCUGAAAUUUAUUUCACUUUCUCAAUCAUUACAAGCAGUUAUUUUUUUUUAUCAGUAAAAUUUUACAUAGGCAAUAAAGUGGAAACGUCGAUUCGUCUUUCUUUGCACCUAAGUAUGUUCUUAUCUAUCUGAGUCUUCUUAUAUUGUUUCAAAAAGAAGAAAUCAAAAUUUAGUGAAGCAGGUCUAGGGUAAAAAAAAUAAAAAAAUUUAGGCUAGGCGACCCGGGCUUUUGGUUUUUGUCGGAAAAAAUCUUGUAAUAAAAAAAAAAAAAAAACCUGACUUUUUUUGAAAAAAUUUUGAUACUCGACAUCACUAUGGAAGUGCUCAAGAUCUUUAUUCGUAGUGCUCAAUGUUGUGAGCAAAGCCAGAGUGAGCUUGUAAUAGAUAGAUCAGGACUGAGGAUAAUUGGUAAAGAUUUCUCAAGAGACAGCUGUUAGAAUAGCCAGAUAGGAACACGGCGUUACAGCCAGAAAAAAAAGUGACAAGCUGGCGCGGAACAGAUUUUUGAAGUUAUUUUCAAUUUUUCAGACAAAUGUUGCACGUUACCAAACUUGAGCUAUUCGACUGGAAAUGCCUCUCCUCACGAAUGUUCUCAUUUAAAUUGUACAGAAGCAUUUAUCUACGUAGAGGAUAGCUACGGCCCUUCAAAUCUUUUGUUUAAUGCGGUCAAGAUCAGCACUCUGACAUUAAUUAGAAACAAGGGCAAGGCUGACAUGAUUCAAUUGGAAGAAAUUGUACAUAAAUCCCCAGGUACGUCUUGUUCUGAAAGCAAAGGUUUACUAAGACAUGUAUGUAAAGUACAUAUGGCAUAGCGCUCAGUUUUAAAUAUUUGCAAAAUAGACGUCUUGAACUAAUAUUUAAACUUGUUUUUCCGAAGCCAUCCUCGUGUUUGAAGGACCAGCUGUCACUCUAAAGCAAGCCGAUUUGGAAGACGAUUGCUUCGAAAAUUUGAAAAAAAUCACUGUGGAUGAUCCAUAUUUUUAUUGCGACGGAAAGAAUAAAUUGAUCGACAUAGAAGGGGAUUACAACAAAACUAUGAUAGGUCGGCUGGAAAAAGUUGCGAAUGAGGUAUAUAUUAUUUUUUUGAAAGUUGGGUUUUUUAUUUAUUCAACGAUCUAAGAUUUACUUUCUCACUUUUUUCUGCGUUUACAAGGUGAUUUAAUUGUUUUCCAGACCCUGGCCGUUUGUAAUCAGCCCAGACCCGUAACUUUGGCCGCAGUCAGUUCUACGGUCAAAAGUCCGGUUGUCCAGUCAGCCACGGUCAUUAGUCCUGUCGUAAUCACAUUAAACCCUCCUCCUCCAAUAUGCCCAGAAAGAAAACUUCCUGCUGUCGAAAAAGCUUCGAAUAAUGGUUGAUUUUUCAUAUUUUCAAGUCGUAGUUGAGCGAAGCCUUUUUUCCCAUUUAGAUUCAAGCUUGAAAAAGAAACGGGCGUGAUUAAAACUUCAUUUUUCAUUUCACAAGUGUUGAAGCAAAAUUUUCUGGGGAUUUCAAAAAAAAAACCGAUGACGGACAUAGGAGAGAUUUCAAAGAAGACUUACGGUUGAUUGCAUCAAAAUGUCACAUAUUCCAAGAUUUCAACGCGUCUUGUCAGAAGAUGAAUUGUCUGUUGAGAUUUUGAGUGUAAAGUUGAAUGACGUCAAUCAGAAAGGCUCUGUGGGUGGCUCGCUUUCUGAAUGGCUUGUCGCGCCAUUAGGGGCGGGGCUUCAGCGACCACUUGACAUUCAAAAUCUGAAUAGAUUAAAAGGGUUCCAUUUUUUUUUUCUUUAGUUACCAAUGAUUAUUCAACUUUCCCGAAAAGAAUACGUAUUUCAGUAAAGCCUUUUCUGCUUGUUGAGUCCAGAUAAUCAAGUUAAACUGCGCGAAAAUAUAGAAAAUGUUUUGUGGCCGUUUUCGGAUCGAUUAUUCUUUGGUUAUUUUCAUUUUCAGACCUUCUUCUAUAUAUUUAUUGUCUAUCGACGGAAAUACUCUUCAUAAUCGCCACAUGUCUGACAAUUCUCACUUUUAAACUUUACAAGAAACUUUGUGCUCAAGAGAGUCGCCGUCUUCUGUCAGGUGACUUUUUUUUGAGUUGGUUCCUGGAACGAAUCUUUUGAAUCUUUUCCCUUUUUGUUAGAAAAGUAAAGUUUAUCAAAAGUUUAUUAUUUUAAAACGACCAGAAUAUCUUUUAUUUUCAUGCGAUGUUCAAACGAAAAGCACUUUAUAAUUGCUAUUAAGAUACCAGUCUCAUGGAUAAUCGCUUUUUUUCUGGAAUUUUCGGUUUAGCUCAUCGAAAAAAAUAGCGCCCCGAUUUUUUCCUAAAUCGUAUACGAAAAAAAUUUUUCGUCGAAGAAGCAGAACCUUUCCUCCGCAGCUUUCAAAACCCCCCAGCCGAAAUCUGUUCAAUAACGACCAGAAACAAUUUAGAAUUAAUUCUAAAAUUAAUUUUAGAAGCGCUUUCCAAGUUUCAAGAUACCGAAGAAGCUGAUCAGAAAAACGAAACAGCGGUGACUUCUGCGCCAGAAGUUCAAAUGGAGAGAAAGAUUGCCGGAGCAGAAAGUUCGAAGUUGAACAAGGAACGAAAUGCCGAAGAGAUCUGA